GGGUGCCCGUCUCGUUCGGCGGCGAUUGGAGUGAGGGAGAGUCCAGCUCUUAUCCACGUGAUUCCUGCGGUGAGCAGCUGUUCGAAUUCGCAGGCUGGAGAGCUCUGCCCGUUUUCGACGAGCAGUCAGUCCAGGCACAGAAAUCCCGAAACGAAAGGCGCCCGGGAUUCUACUUUUGCACGGCGUUUGAAAAGGCUAUGGAUGGGACGAACAGACGUUGUAGGUUUCGUAAAUCACCAGAUUCGAGGGCGGUUUUCUUGAGAGUGAUCACCCGCUAAUCACCUCCCACAACUUGAUGGCGGUAACUUCACCAAUAGUGGGUGCGGAAACUUACGAUUUGUUAGCCGUUACUGUUCUAGAAAUCAUCAUGAACCACCCAUCGGCGAUCGCUAUUCUUGGAAACGAAUACAAAGAACUAAAGAUAGGCUCUGGUAUUCUUGCAAUAGCAAUUGGGCUCCUGAGAUUAGCGACGUUGGUUUCGGGAAUAAUAGCGACGCCUACUGUGCCAGCUCCAGAUUCUCCAAGAUACCAAAAAUUUUCUAGUCUCCGUGGCCAGCGCUCAUUUACGCUCCGAGAAUAUGCCUACUUUCGAUGGUUUCCUAGCGCGGAAGGGACUUGGGGUCUUGGGCUCAAUGUCCUCCUGUAGUACGUGAUGCGGACUGCUAAUUGUUAACCAGGAUAUAGUGGUGAACACCAAGACGAGGGAGCUCUUUAGUAUGGUGGCAGACAAGACCCCACUCCACCAUUUGCUUACUGCUGCGAUGCUCAUGAGAUAACUAGAUACUCUAGUGAGCAAAGGGCCGGCCCGGAUCGUUUGUUAGUUGUCUGUGUGUCUGUCGGAAGCCGACGCUGGGAGGAAGACUUGUGACUUCUGACAGGAUAAAUUAUAUCAGGCUCUACUAAAAUCCCGGUUUGGUC